ACUUAACUGUCUCAGCGUGUGACAUACAACAUUUGUGUACAUGUUUAGAAAUAGAUUAUACAUCAAAAUAAACCACUGAUAUUCACACAAAAACGGGUGUAAGUUUAAGUAAUGUUGAUGUAAAUAUUCAGUGUUUAUGAUGCAUUUCUAUUUAUGGGAAUUAAAUGUUCAAGUAUCUAUUAAACGCAGUAGGUGUGUUAAAAUUAUGAAUAUUUCGAAGUGAAAAUUUUGUUCUAUUUGAAUAUACGAAAUUGGAUAUAAAAAAUAUUUGUUCAGACUUCGAAUAUUUUUUCUCAUGACCGAGAUGAGGGUAAAAAUAAAACAUGUUCUUCGCUUUUUCGCUCUGGGAAUUAUUGUUUACUUUGUCUGGAUUGUGAAAUAUUUGAUAGAAGAAUUUGGAUUACGUACGCAUACACAUACCGGUAUAACGUGUCCUAAAGAAAGAAUUAACUUGAAAAUACCAGGUUAUAUUCACCAGGUAUUCUUUUCAAUAACAUCAAAAAACUUAGAAUCACACCAUGUAAAGAGAAUUAACUCUUGGAAAAAAAACAACAUAAAUUACACGCACGUGUUAUGGAACGAAUCCGCCGUCUUAGACCUUAUCAAAACUAAUCAUCCCAAUCUGCUACGGGUUUACCACUCUUACAGUCACUGGAUACAGAGAACAGACAUGGCCAGAUACGUGAUAUUAUAUAACUACGGUGGAUGGUAUAUUGAUUUGGAUAUAGCAUGCAAACAAAGAUUGGAUGAACUAGCUGAUAGAAUGUUAGAAUCAAAUAAAAGUGUUGUUCUUCAUCUGGAAAAAACUGCAGGACCUUCGAACGAUUUCAUGGGUAUAACAGCACACCAUCCUUUCAUGAAGACUGCAAUAGACUGGUUACCAUUCUCAAACAAAUGGUUUUUUAUCAAACAUACCACCAUCAUGUUAUCAACAGGGCCAACCUUUCUAUUCGGACGAUAUCUGAAUUACCCAUGCAGUGAUGAUAUACUAAUAUUAUCGUUAGAAAGUUUUGCAAAGUAUGUCUAUCGAUUUAAUGACGGAUCUUGGUAUGGAAUAGACAGUCAACUGAUCUACUACAUUCUGGGCCACAGAAAGUCUUCUAUAACUAUCGCUUUGUUUAUAGUAUUGAUAAUGAUAACAUUUUGUGUAGCCAAGCUACAAAGGCGUUGGAGAGUACACCGUCGAAGUCGUAGUCGGCUGUAUAAAACUGUGUGGUCGUGAAAAUACCUUACAUCUGACUAAAAGCACUGCAUGAAUUGUGGGGUUUAAUACAAAAUUAAAUGUAAUUCAAAUUACGUGUAAAUUUUGAAUGCAAUUGCAUUAAAGUGAAUUCAAUGUAAAUUAAAUUUCAAACUUUACUUUCAAUUUACUUUGCGUUUAAUUUUCAUGAAAUUCCUAAAUUUCCUUUGCAUUUAAAAUUGCUCUUAAAUAUUAUGAAAUUUCUGAUUUAAUUGUAAGUUUAGGAAACUAAAUCUAUUUAUUGAUUUAUCUGAAUUUAGCGGAUCUUCAUGCAAGUAAAUUUUGAACACUACUGAUCGAAUAUCAUACAAUGCCUAUAUAAACAGAAAUUUAAUUUACCAAAAUUACAUACAAUCCCUAAUUUAAUGAAAUUUUAGGACAACAAAUCUGAUGAUUUAUAUGAAUUUAGUGGAUAUUCAUGCAAGUAAAUUUUGAAUGUAAUUUACCUAAUUUAACAAAAUGUCUGUAUGAAAAGAAAUUUAAUUAACCAAAAUUUCAUAUAAUCCCAAAUUUAAUGAAAUGAUAGGAACAUAAAUCUGAUGAUUUAUAUGAAUUUAGAGAGUCUUCACAUGAGUUAAUGUGUAGGUUAUUUAAUUAAAUUUUACGCAAUAUGUUUAUAUCGUAAAAUUUAAUGCCACGAAGUUAAGGAAAAAGGGAUGGGUGUGAAUGGUUCAGAAUGCUUCCAAGUCUCUUAUCUGUGUUUUAUACGGAAUCCUGUUAGUGCCAUGAGAAAUGUCGUCCGUCGCCCCUCAAAGGCGACGCAUGACAUUGCGAUACGACAUUGCGACAAUGCGAUACGACGCGCGACAAUGCGAUACGACACACGAC